UGAAUACGCGAGCGGAAGCGCUGCGUCUGUAUCGCGCUAUCUACCGGGUGCGUGGCCGUUGUGAAUAAUAUGUGUGCAGCAGCCACGAGUGAAAACGCUAGAGACCAUGGCUGAAGCUAUAUACUCCAUGCAGGCGGCCGGGAACAUGCCGACGCGUGACCGAACCAACUACGUGCGUAGCCGCCUGCGUCAUGAGUAUGACCAAGCACACGAAGAGACCAAUCCGGAGAGAAUCAGCUUCCUGCUUCGUCUUGCAGAAACGCAGUUGGACACGGUGGAGGUGCAGGCUCAGCACUUGAAGUCCACCUUCUCCAGUCCCGACUACCAUCGUACAUAGACUACAAGCACGACUAGGCACCCAAGAUAAAAUUUAUCUCGUCAUGAGCCGCAUC